AUGGACACCAACCAGGCAGAAACAAGGCCUAUACGGAACUCGCCUUCCGUCUCUUCACUCUCUCUUUCCUCUAAAAAUCUCCUCUCUUUUUCAAAGCUCCGCAAGUCGACAUCCAAGCUGUCCUUGCAGCCCUCGGAACCCCAGAUAGAAGCCCCGAGACUAGAACAGCAGCAAGCUGUAUUGCGGAAAAACCAUGUGGGAAACCGCAAUAGUAUGAAUAUAGUGAAACAACCAAGCCUCCGGAGGAAAGUCAGUCCGCGAGCACAUGCUCCCACAUACUCAAGAAAAAGGCCCAGUACUGCGCCGUCUGCGGGUACGAGCACCCAAGAUUCCUCCUCCGCCCGCCUACGAAGGGACGACUUUCCGAAGCCUCUAGGGUCGUCCUCUACCGUCGCAAUGAAGCGAAUGUCGAAUCAACCGACGACGCGUUCGAGCCUCAUGCAGCGAUUCUCGAGGCGACCUCGACGAUCUAAUUCGUCCGAGAGAGCGGAACUACCCAUCCAAAGAGCUCCUUCCACUCGAAGGCAGUCGAUCAGGGUAUCGACGCAUCGCAACAGUCGAGCAAUGUCUCAUCGAAGUUCUCUGAAUCGUCCAGGUUCACGGCGCUAUUCACGACCUGUCAGUACAGUGAUGAAUGCCGGUUAUCAGCGUCCAUUUUCUGUCACCAAGACCCCAGUCGAGGAGGUAUAUAAGGAGGACGACGACGCUGUGUCCGAUUUUUCGACAGACUCUGAGGAAGACGCGCAGAUCGUUAUGCGUGGACCACGGAUCGAGCGUACUCGCGCAAGUGCUCAACUUCUUCCAACGUUAGCUGAACGCGGGCGACAAACACCAUCACCUAUCCCGGCCAGCAUGUUGUCCGUUCCCAACAAGUCGCUGGCGGAUUUGAUCGAAGAACUUGCCGGGGAAAUCGAUAAUCGAGGCUCGAGGGCGACGAUGGACUCCGUUCUGACCUGGGACCUCUCGCUCGACCACUACUGUAACGCCUUCCCAUCCCCGCCUUCUCCUGGGCUUCCUCGCACGCCACAGACGCCCAUAUUCAGCGAGUCUGUUACAGGUUAUGCGAGCCUUUCAUCAUCUCGAACAACAUUUACUGGCACUCAGGAACGGGGCGUCGACGAACAAUUCAAUACAGUUCUAGGCAUGGUAGCCACUCCUCGAGAGUCCAGCCCAUCGCUCCCGCCUCUCCCGGAAGAGGAGCAAGCGACGGAACAAACACAAAAAUGGGACGACUGGCAUUUUCCGCGGCGUACGUCGUCCGUUGCGUAUCUUCAAGACGGAAACGCAACCUCUCCAAAGCAGUCAAUUCCGCCCAUGCCAUCCAUCUCCUCUUUGAACCACAAUCAAUCGUUCGGGCAUCAGUCGGCCAAUUCAAUUGCGUCUUCGCUGAUCUCGGCGCCGACCUCGCCCACCAUGUCGACGCUCGCACGACCGCGGUCCGUGGAUCGUCUUGCUCAGGCACGCCGAAGAACACGCAUCAUUUUCGGUGAGGUUGUGGAUGCCGUAGAGGGAGAGGAACCGGAGACUGCUGCGUGCCCUGUUCACCCUGUUCAGGAUGGACCCCCAUCUCUCCGCGGCAAAGUAUCGACAUCGAUGCUGGGGCAGGCAUAUCCAAGUCGGCGGGGUAGUGACAAGUCUUCAGUCCUAUCUUCGAUGGGAAGCAGUCGUGCAACUGCAAGAGGCGAAAGCGAGGCGGUUGUUGGAAUGCGAGACGACACAUUUUCUUUGAAUAGCUCGGAAGAUGAUAUGACAGCAUCUAUCGGCGUCGCACUCACAACUGAGACCAGGGAAAUUGCGACUCCUUCGCCUGUUGCCUUUGCGGAAGGUGAUGAAAACGGACUUACGCUCUUUGCCCGGAGAAAGAAGCGCAAUGCCAAGCUGGAAAACUCGAGACAUCCACUUCGCGUCGACCCACCGCCACCUGUCCCGCCACUUCCUGACAGCCUACCUUCAACUGCUGCGAUUUCACCUCGCUCCCCGCUCUCAGGAGUAGUAGGUGAUACGUCCCCAUCCCCACUCGCCACGCACGGCCAUGAUACCCCUCCACCUUACCAACAAUCUUACUUCCCUUCACGUGCAGGUAGUGUGACCACCAUGCAUACACUUGCGCGCACAAAUUCUCGUACUGCCAGCCCUCAACCAACCCCAAUCUCCGCUCCAUCAAAACGCAAAUCUUUCUUCCGCUAUCCAUUCUCCUCGAAGCGACAUAGUUCCAAGCCGUCAUUGAACGGUAUCGGUCACUCGAAGAGUACAUCCAUCUCGAAGCGCGACUCGCCUCCACCGCCGUCUCCGCGUGCAAAGGUGCCUCCGAUGAGUGCAAAUCCCACACGAGCAACGUUUUGGAGCGGUCGUUCACUAGUGGGCGGCUCGUUUUCCUCCUCCAGGGCGAUGAAGACAGUCCACGAGCAUCAACCACCGAUGCCGACCCAUUCUCCAUCUCCACCUCCAUCUCAUUCUUCUUCAGGAUUCUCUAAACAAUUCCGUUCCUUUCCUCGACCCUCAUUAUCUAGCAGCAAACGGCCAUUAAUCCAGUCAUAA